ACCCACUUCCUUGGUUGCCCUAGGAGCUCUCCAAUAGUAACUCCCCGCUUCAUCGUCUCUCUCUGCGAAACGACCGAAAACAACAUUGACGAAAGAAACUCCGGCCGCUCUCAUCUACGUUGAAACUGCCGCAGCUUCUAAUAUCAAAAUCUUCACCUCAUUGCUCUGUAAAAUUUUCUAUUGCUGCAAUUUCUGCCAUUUCUUGACCUAGAUCUGUACAAAUUUCUUGCAUUCCCCCCCUUCUUUUGUGUCAAUUUCGGGUUCAGAUUUGCCCUUUAUCCUCCAUGGGAUUACGAUAAUUGGUGGAUUUUUGGUCAUGUAUAAAUUGUAGGCUUCGUUAGUGAACUUGAGCGAAACCCUUUUGUAGCCGAUUAUUAUCCUUUCUAUCUUCUUGGUAGUUUUCGUUAGAUUUCUUAUUUGUUUUUGUCGUCAUUCAAUCAAUCGAUCGGAAACCCUAGCUCCCGUUUUUUUUAUAACGUCGUUAGGGUCUCGAGUCUUGAUCAUUGUGUCUAGUGAUGAACAAUAGGGGAAGGUAUCCACCUGGGAUCGGCGCUGGGCGGGGCGGAGGCGUGAAUGCGAACCCUUCGUUUCAGUCAAGACCACACCAGCAGCAAUACGUACAAAGAAAUUUGGUGCCGAAUCAGCAGUAUCAACAACAGCACCAUCAGAACCAGCACCAACACCAGCAGCUUCAACAACACCAACAAUGGCUGAAAAGGAACCAGUUAGGUGGCGGUCCUGCCGAUUCCAACGUUGACGAGGUUGAGAAGACCGUGCAGUCUGAGGCUGUUGAUUCGAGUUCACAAGAUUGGAAGGCAAGGCUAAAGAUUCCACCACCCGAUACACGCUAUAGAACAGAGGAUGUGACAGCUACGAAAGGAAAUGAGUUCGAGGACUAUUUUUUAAAACGUGAAUUACUCAUGGGAAUCUAUGAGAAAGGCUUUGAAAGACCAUCUCCUAUUCAAGAAGAAAGUAUUCCAAUUGCUUUAACCGGUAGUGAUAUUCUUGCUAGAGCAAAAAACGGAACUGGAAAGACAGCCGCAUUUUGCAUUCCCGCCUUAGAAAAGAUUGAUCAGGAUAACAAUGUAAUCCAAGUUGUUAUCCUUGUUCCGACUCGAGAGUUGGCUCUUCAAACUUCACAAGUUUGUAAGGAACUCGGGAAGAAUUUGAAUAUUCAAGUUAUGGUUACGACAGGUGGAACCAGCUUAAAGGAUGAUAUCAUGCGAUUAUAUCAACCUGUUCAUUUAUUAGUUGGAACUCCUGGAAGAAUAUUAGAUCUUGCAAAAAAGGGUGUGUGUGUACUGAAAGACUGUUCUAUGCUUAUUAUGGAUGAGGCUGACAAGCUCUUGUCUCCAGAGUUCCAACCUUCAAUAGAGCAUUUGAUUCGCUUUUUGCCUUCAAAUCGGCAGAUUCUUAUGUAUUCCGCUACCUUUCCUGUUACUGUGAAGGACUUCAAAGAUAGAUAUCUUCACAAGCCCUAUAUUAUAAACUUAAUGGAUGAGCUCACUUUGAAGGGUAUCACCCAAUUCUAUGCAUUUGUUGAAGAAAGACAAAAAGUUCACUGCCUUAAUACUCUUUUCUCUAAGCUGCAAAUUAACCAGUCGAUUAUCUUCUGCAAUUCCGUAAAUCGAGUCGAGUUGUUAGCCAAGAAAAUAACGGAACUUGGUUAUUCUUGUUUCUAUAUUCAUGCAAAGAUGCUGCAAGAUCAUCGUAAUAGAGUAUUUCAUGACUUCCGAAAUGGUGCAUGUAGAAAUCUUGUUUGUACUGAUUUAUUUACAAGAGGAAUUGACAUUCAAGCAGUAAAUGUUGUUAUUAACUUUGAUUUUCCCAAGAAUUCAGAGACAUAUCUGCACAGGGUUGGAAGAUCUGGAAGGUUUGGACAUCUUGGAUUAGCUGUGAAUUUAAUCACUUAUGAGGAUCGUUUCAAUUUGUACAGGAUUGAGCAAGAACUUGGAACUGAAAUAAAACAAAUACCACCCCAUAUUGACCAGGCAAUCUACUGCCAGUAAUUUGUGGUGGGCACUGGAUCCUAGGUAAACAAUUGGCAGGUGAAUGAAGCUCCUUGAAAGAGCGGUAUCGAUGGAGCCGUGUUUUCUGAGUCAAUAUGAGAGAAGACUCAGCUUGUGCAGAGUGUUGGGUUGGAAUUUUCUAUUAGUUAGAAAGCUAUAGGCGUGAAGACAUUUAACAGGAGAUUAGGAUAGAAUGUAGACUGGUGGGUGAUCUAUAAAAAUCCCAGAGGCGGUUGAAUUCUGGGUCCCCAGUUAUUUGGCUUAUCUUUAUCAGCUGACCUGUUUGUUUCUGCUCUCUCUGUGUUUGUUUUCUCCUCGUUUGCUCUCAACAUCUCAUCUCUUCCUUCCAACUUUCUGCGAUGUAUUGUAAUCUCUCCGUUUUUUCUCCCUUGAAAAAACUCUCAUCCUCCCCUGCCCUUCCUCUUUUUAUGCACUUUAUAGACUCCUAAAUUUAGAACUUUUGCUUUCUCCCCGACCCCUCGGUUGUUUCGAAUACUUAAAAGUUCAAUGGACAGUUGCUUUUGUACC